CUCGCAUUCCAGGCAAUGAUGCUAGCUAGUAUGCGCAUAGUACAUGCCCCACGUACUCGAUGCAAUGAAUUAUCUCCUACAAAAGUCUUCUACAAAUACAGGGCUCCUCCUUCCCUUUCCUUUGCCCAAACGCCGAAAGAUUUGCACUUCUUUGCUCGUGCCUCCUUCCUCGAGCAUCCCUUCCUCCCCCCUCUCAAGUCUGAAGCCCACGUGUGGAGUUGCCGCCGAGGCUGGCUGGAUGCGAGUAUUCUGGUCUGAGGCGGGCUCUGUUGAGAACCUACGUCUCUGGUGCCGGGGAAAGUGGGCCAAUUCAAUCACUCGAGGAAGUUUUCGGAUCGAAGUCGGAAGGAAAGUCAUGAUUGAUUGCCGCCAAAACGAAGAAAAAAGUAUGCCAUGCUAUGCCAUGCUGACCCUUUCAUGCCCGACCGUCCGUCGCCGUGUCAAACCAUCUCUCAGAAUCGUUUCUUUUUUUUAUCGCAAAGGUCGCCAAAAAAAAGGUGUGAUGCCAAACAGAAAAAUUAGUCGUCAAGUCGCGCUUGAGAAACUCCAACAAUGUCUAGACGGACAGUCCGUAUCUGCCACAGGUGCAUUCUUCUAGUUCCGUGCCAACGAUGAGGGAUGAACAUCAGGCCAUGCUGAAACGUCCGUGAAGUCUGCCCUGAUCGAUGGUGCUCCCAUGACGCGUGAAUCGUCGAAGCCGCCUCGUCGAAGCCGCCUCGAAGUCGUAUGUUCGUGUAGAGGAAUUAUGUAAACUUGUUCAGUGCCAUCAUUGGCAUGGUUGAAAUGUGUGCUCGCA